UGAGCUGCUGUGACUCGUCUGCCGGUGUUAAAGCAGGAUAACCGGCUGUGGAAUGGCUUUGCUGACCUUGCACAGAACGCCAUCUAUUUCCACGACACCGGUUUCCUUUUUUCUGUUUUUUCUUUUUUUUACCCAGUCACUCAUCUCAGAGUGAGUUAUGGGUGAGAAAAAAGGCUAAAAAGAUGAUCCAGAGGAGUCAAGCAGAAUCUCCUGGUGUCUGUUUGCAAUUAAGUGCAUCACAUAAUCAAUUCACCCACCACUCAUUUUUAACAUCACCAUUCUCUGGACAAAUCAAAAAUGAGAGUUUACAGAGUCUUAGAGUUAUAAUGUCCUGUAACUUCUAAUUCAAUCUAUUGUAAUCGACUUCAUUUUAUUUUUAAGGAUGAGCCUAUUCCAAGAAGAGGAAGACUUCAGAAAAGAGAAAGUUUCGCCCUGGUUAAGGGGGCAGUGCUCCUGGUGGAAGAGGAAGAGAGGGAGGGAUUACAUGAAGAUACCGUACCCUCUCUGCUAGGUCCUAGGCAAGGAGGCCGAGCCUCUGACACUCAGCGCAGACAUUUGCAUGCAAUGAUUUCAUUACUACGACCAGAAGACACAGUCAAACUGGCUGUGCGUUUGGAGUCAGUGAGCCCAGUCAGAGUGAGGUAUUUGCUAAUAGUCGGCACACUUAACAAAAGACAGGAGAGUCUACUACUUGGCAUGGACUUCCCAGGGUUAAACAGUGAUGUGUGCACUAUUGGACUUGUCUUGCCAUUAUGGAGUGACACACAGGUUUACCUUGAUGGAGAUGGAGGUUUCAGUGUGACAUCUGCAGAAGUGACACGGAUCUUUAAGCCUGUGUCCAUUCAGACGAUGUGGUCAGUGUUGCAGGCGCUGCAUGGCUGCUGUGAACGGGCCGUGCGUGGGGCUGUCAUACCAGGCUGCGGGCUGGAGUGGGCACAACAUUACAGAGAGAACGUGGAAUCUGACCAGCACUGCCUUAAUGAAUGGGCGGCCAUGACUGGCCUAGAGUCAGUCAGGAGGGACACCGGAGCACGUUCAUCAUCAAAUCGGGAGUCAGUGGAGAAGGAGAUCAAAGCCCAACUUCGAGAUAUCAUGAGGACUGAGGACUUGGAAAACAUUACCUCAAAGCAGGUGAGAACAGCCAUGGAGUCCAGAAUAGGCAUAGACAUGAAGGACUACAAAGAGUAUAUUGACAAUGAGAUGAUGGUCACAAUGGCACAGAUGGACAAACCUUCCAGAAUCUUGGACUACCUUUACUUGGGUUCUGAAUGGAAUGCUGCCAACUUUGAAGAACUACAGAAGAACAAUGUGGGCUACAUCCUGAAUGUUACCAUGGAGAUUGACAACUUUUUCCCAGAAUCCUUCACCUAUAUGAAUAUUAGAGUUUACGAUGUGGAAGCAACCGACCUACUCUCAUACUGGAACAACACAUACAUGUUCAUCAGUGAAGCAAGGAAGAGUGGACAGGCCAUACUGGUACAUUGUAAGAUGGGCGUCUCUCGCUCUGCCUCCACAGUAAUUGCUUACCUGAUGAAGCAGCAGGGCUGGACAUUAGACCAUGCCCUCAACCAUGUGAGAGAAAGACGGUCUAUAGUGCAGCCCAAUGAAGGUUUCCUGAAACAGCUGCAUACAUACAGCGGCAUCCUCAGUGCCAGUAAACAGCGCCACAGUGCCCUCUGGAGGAGGAAGUCCAAGCCAGAAGUCCGCCAGCCAUCUGACCACAGCGAAGCAGCUACAGGGAGUGAACAUGAACAGAAAGAGGAAGACUCAGAGAGCCCAGAAGAGGAGAGCAGUAAUGAGGAGGAAACAGAUGUCUUUGAUGAGCAGUUGGAGGAGAGUGUUCCCGACACGUCUGGGGCAGAUACAGCUACAUCCAACCCACUUAUUACUGUACAAGAAAGUGAUAAGGUGUCAUCUAGCCCAAGCAGAAGUGGCAGGAUGGAUUUGUUCUCUCUUAUGCAGUCUAUUCAGCUUGACGAUGAGGACAGAGGCCUAGAUAAAGAGUUCGCUAUCUGUCAGAGACUUUCUCCUGCACAACGAAGGCGGAGUCACGGAAGAAGAGGCUUGACUUAUCAGAGAGCCCAUGUUGAUGUUUCUCCUGAACCAAGCAGCAGACAGUCACACAACACAAACCAGGACGAAGCUGGUCUCUGAAGCACUUUAACAAAGGGGCCGUGUUAAGGAAUAUGGAGAAAGAGGAAUAUUUAAAAGUUUAAAGGUGAGGAAAAAGAACACAAACAGGGAUGCUAAUAUAAGAGACAUUCUUGCACAAGUCUUAUCCUUCUGAUUGUAUCAUUCCAAGUUCUUAUGAGUCAUUGCAGAAUAAAAUUAGGGAAUUUAUUCAUAUUGUUGCUGUAUUGAGGCUCAUUUAGGUAAUUUCACUUUGAGGCAACAUAUAAAAACACAUGGUUACAUAUCAAUGGAUAUCCCACUAAUUUUUCCCUCACCUGUCCAUCUAGCCCAAAACUCAUAAACUGUGGUCAGUUAAGGUGGAUUGUUGAAAAAAAAAAAAAUCAGCCACCACUUGUCAAGUGAGUAUUGAUAAAGGAACUGUUUUCCUCAGAGCAUUAUCAUUCAAAAUGUCACAUUGUGCCUUUUGAAAUCUCUGUAUCCUUUGCACCUUCAUACUGAGCCAUAAAAUUCAGUUUACUUCACAGAUUUUUGUAUGGUAUUAUAGUGCGAGUGGAGUAUUUCUCUAUGGCUGUUAUCUCUCAUGUAAUUAUACAGAAACAUGAACUAUUCCUCUUGAUAGCAUUGUUUCAUGUUCUUUUUAAUAAAUGAAUAAGAGUGUGAUCCACUCGUUUUAGGAGUCCUAUGCAAUAAAUCUACUUUAUAGCUGUUUCUUCUCCAUGAAUGUGAAGCUUUAUGCUGCCUCUGUUGAGAUCAGUAGGUCAAAAAGUGUAGAGAAAGCAAUCAAGGAUUUAAUCUUUUUAUUGUUUCAUGUAUACUACCAUUCAAAACGUUGGGGUCCGUAAGAAAUCGGUGAUUUUAUUCAGCAAGGAUGCAUUAAAUUGAUUGAAAGUGACAUUUAUAACAUUUCAAAUAAGUGCUGUUUCUUAACUUUCUAAAAAAAAAUGUAUCACGGGUACCGUUAUAAUGUUGAUGAUAAUAAGAAAUGUUUUUGAUCACCAAAUAUUACAAUUUCUAAAAGAUCAUGUGACACUAAAGACUGGAAUAAUAUUUCAGAAAUAAAUUACUUUUUAAUAUAUAUUUAACUAGAAACCAGUUAUUUUAAAUUGCAAUAAUAUUUUGCAGCAUUACUGUUUUUACUGUAUUUUUAUCAAAUAAAUAUAGCCUUGGUAAGCAUAAGAGACUUCAAAAACAAAAUCUUACUGACCCCAAACUUAUGAAUGGUAGAGUAGUUUCUAGACAGUGAUGUAGCUACUCAUGCUAUAUCAUAUGUUUUUAACACUUGGAGCUAUUUUCAUGUCUUUUUAAAUUAAGCAGAUGUUGUUUAAUAUUUGUUUUAACCUGUACAGUAUGGAGGAAACAAAACCUGAGAAGAAACCUGAGUAUUUUCCUAAAACACGUGCCAGUUAUUUAACCGUCUCUGCUGUUUCAAUCAUUCUGCAUGAUGGUUCAGUGCCUUUAGUUGAUAGAGGUGGACCAAAAUAACUACAUUUGUUGGUUUUAAUAUUUGUGCAGUUAAAACUAACUCAACUAACUCCUACAUAAUACAUGUGUCUUUAGCCCUAGGGGUGGUUGAUUUGUGUCUUUGCAUGAUGUCUCAAAUAUCAGACUGUAUGCAUGCUGUUUGUACUGUAUGUAAGCCUGUCUUUGUGAAGCAUGAGUCCUGUAUGUAUAAAGUAUAGCUAUACAAUCUGCUGUAAAACAUUUGUUGAAAUGUGUAUACUGUCAUUGCACAAAGUGCCAAUGUUGUGAAACCAAAGUUAUGUUGUGGAAUGUUUCUAGUAUUGAGGCACCACUGGUUUUGCAGUUAUUUUCCACUAGAAUGUCUUAAAUUAUGUGUAUUAGUGAUAAAUGAUGACCUACAGCCUUCAAAGUGCUGAGUUUCCUCACCUAGUGUAUAAUGUGCCAUGCCUUAGACAACUUCAAAAACAGUGAUACAUUUUAUUAUUAUGUAACUCACAUUUCCAUUGUUGGUAUCAGGUGGCGUUAAAUAUCAAGUCAAGGUUGCUGUUGCUUUUUCUAUUUAUGACUGAUCUGAAAAUGUAUCUUUUUAAUUUGAUAUACAAAGUUGUCUGUGCUAUAAAAAUUAAAAUGAAUUUAUAAUGGGGGCUUGAGAAAUAUCUAAUGGAAACUCUCAUGGAUUGUUUUUGUAUCACACUGAGUGUUGCAGGUUGUAAGAUAUUCCAAUUCUUAAUAAUGCUACUGUAAAAUUUUGUGUGUGUAUAUUUAUACACACGUGUAUAUGUGAAAAUUCAUAUAUAUAUUAGUGCUUUACAUAUAUUACUGGAAAUGCGUCUUUGCUAAAUUUUAAAAUACAGCAACUAAGCUGUAUACAACAAGACUUCAUUAUUUGGCCAGAUAAACAGGGUAUAUACAGGUGCAUCUCAAUAAAUUAGAAUGUCGUGGAAAGGUUCAUUUAUUUCAGUAAUUCAACUUAAAUUGUGAAACUCGUGUAUUAAAUAAAUUCAAUGCACACAGAC